CCGAGCCAUUCCGGUUAUCAAUAAAUUGGAUAUUUCUGGCUUCGGUGUCCGUAAAAUCAGUCCACUUUUAUAUCGUCUCCUCGUAAGACAGAGAUACGCUUGUAACGUGUUCAACUGUUGGCCACCACAAGCUGUCUAAGAUACUCAACUGUAACUCCAGCUUAUCCGCUUCAAUCCCCAUAAUCGGCGUCCCCAAUGGCAGUUCUGAACUACAUUUCAGUCACCUCAACGGCAGCACCCAUCUCCCCAGACUCCUCAACCCCACCAAUUCCAAACCCAAGACAGACCAAAGUGAUACUGCCUAAGAAGAAGCCACUGAAAUGGUCCACUGGAGUGGCACCAGGUGAGUAUGGAGGUCCGCCCACUACCACAAAACUCCGCAAGUAUUGGGGAGGUGAAGAUGAAGACCCUUUAACCUCUGAUGAGUUUAUUUGGAACAAAGACUUCAUGAGUCGCAUGGCCAAAUUAAUUCAGGACCCCGAUGAAUCGUCUCAUGAACCUACUCCUGUUAAGGAAGAAUCUUCUGGAUUUCUGAGUUUAAACAGAGUUAUGAGUCUGGAUAACUUGGAAGUUGAUUUGAGUAAAGAGCUUACACAAACUCAAAAGCCGAUAUCAGAAUGUGUUGCUGAGGCUGGAAACAAAGACAGCAUUGGCAUUUAUAAAAAAUGGCGGUUGGUACCAACACGCCGUGAGCAGGAGAAGUGGGAUAAAGCAACUAAGGCUGCAACUGGGGGCAGUGAUGUGAUGUUGAGGGAAGUAAGAAGGCCUCAAGGAGAUCCGGAAAUAUUGGCUGCUCAAUCAAGGGAGCAAUAUUUUAAGUUGAAAACAAAAAUGCAGAUUCUCACAUUGGGUAUUGGUGGCGUCGGGCUGGUCUCAGCUUAUGUUUCUUAUUCUCCGGAAAUUGCAGCUAG